CGCAGCAGGACACAGCGGCAGUGCCGUGGGCGCGCCUUCCGUGUCGGAUUCGUACGCUGACAGCCAGCGGUGUGAAUUGGACUCGUCAACGGCUAGCGCUCCGCACCUCGCACAUUAUCAACCAAAAUACACUCUGCGGACCAUUUCAUCACCUCUUACAAUCACCGUACUACCCCAACAUGAAUCCGCUGUGUGGCAGAUGUAACCGAGUGGUGUAUCCCACGGAAAAAGUGAAUUGUCUUGACAAGUUCUGGCAUAAAGGAUGCUUUAGCUGUGAAGUGUGUAAGAUGACUCUAAACAUGAAGAACUACAAAGGCUUUGAGAAGAGACCAUACUGUAAUGCACACUAUCCGAAGACAUCAUUCACCAGUGUUGCAGACACCCCGGAGAACUUGCGCCUGAAACAGCAAAGCAAGAUGCAGAGCCAGGUGCUCUAUAAGGAAGAAUUCGAGAAGAGCAAAGGGAAAGGCUUCAGUGUUGUGGCUGACACACCCGAGAUGCAGAGAAUCAAGAAAACACAAGACCAAAUCAGCAACAUUAAAUACCAUGAGGAAUUUGAGAAGAGCCGAAUGGGAGGUGAUGCCCCACCCCAACACCCACAUACACCUCAACAAAUCACAACUCCAGCAUAUCAGCCCUCAGCAUCAUCACAGAACUAUCAUUAUGAACCUGCGCCUGUGCGCCAGGCGGCUGCCGCCCCUCCUCCAAGCUCUGGGAAGCGCUACCGAGCCGUGUAUGACUACAACGCGGCCGAUGAGGACGAGGUGUCGUUCCUGGACGGCGAUGUAAUCCUGGACGUGCAGCAGAUCGACGAGGGCUGGAUGUACGGGAGGGUGGAACGCACCGGCCAGCAGGGAAUGCUACCUGCUAACUAUGUAGAGGCCAUGUGAAAACUAGACGGAGUGAGAUAGAGAGAGAGAAAGGGAGGGAAAGGGAGAGGGGGUCGGAGAUGAGUAGCCGAGUGUCAUUUCACUUUUCAAGAUCUUUUCCUCUGUCCUAUCCGAGGUCGACCCUUAUGAUCCAGUUACGAUCCGAAAUAAACAUAGCUAAGUGACCACAUACAGUAUAAUCAAACACAUAACGGCGCAUACACACACACACAUAUACGCAAUCAGAUAUAUACGGUAAUGUUGUAUUGCAAUUUACUACUUUUCCCCCCAUAUCUUUCACUGUAUGCAUCUCUCUCUUUAUUGCUUUGCUGCCUGUCGGUUUGUUUGUUUGUAAGUGUUAUCUCAGUCCUGAAAAGGUGCUGUCACAAGUGGCACUUAAGUCUUAAUAAGACUCGCACACACACACACCUACACACAAAAUGCAUAACCACACAGGCCACUAAAAUAUUUAGGGCCUGCCAUAGAGCACUUCAAACAUCUCGACAGUCUUAUCGGUUGCCAUGACAAUACGUGAAAGAAUCUUGUGCAAACCUCAUUUUUUCUUUGUUUCAUAUUUGAUUUUUUUCCAGCCUGUAAUUGUAUGUGAUGUAUUUAGUACAGUUUCACAUCUCAGCGGUUGUGGGUCUGUAACUUGAACGUGAGACUUUUGGUCAUUCUAAUCAUUCCAUACCUGUCUGACCACUUGCAUCAUGUAGUGAAACUGGAAUCUCGGAAAGGCUCCUCUUUUUCAACUGGAUGUACUGUAUGAAAAGGAUCGAGUCUUUCGUUAUUACUUAAUGAAGCUUUCACAUUCCUCCGGCCCUUUACUAAAUGAGUUAUAUAUAUUUUGUUCUGCUUCUGCUUUUAAAGUGAAGAGGAAAUUGUGAUGUACCUUAUUAUUAAAAAAGGGAAUAAAAGAAACUGGAACAAUAAGAGCAGAACCGCAUUAUAGUAUAGUGAGAGUAAAGAGGAGCCCAAGCACAAUUCUAAGGAUCAUUUUAGCUUUGACUUUUAAUCAUUCCAUUGGUUUUGUUUCCUUUUUUUCCCGGAGCAUUCCAUGUGCAUAGUAUGAAAUUGUAUCUCGGAGCUGUUUAGUAAGAUGUUGGUAUUAAUGUUUUUGUUUGUUUGUUUGUUUUUCCUCAUAUCAUGCUUAUUCUCAUUGCCUUGCUGGUAUUGUAUGAGACGAAAUUUUAAUGUCAAUUUAUCAAUAUCAGUGGAAUAAAACAAAUCUAUUUGUAUACCAAGGCAGGCGGCUUUGUCAAACAGGAGUAGCUUAGCUUUUGGAAUUGGGAAGGUUUAGAUGUAUUUGUGUCUAACUAAAAACAAAUGCAGUCUUGAGACAGAGACUGAUCUAUUCUGAUACUGAUUAUUGUUCGCUCUAAAACACUAAAAUAUAGAUCCAGAGAAUGAGCAAAGCAAGUGCUUUGUAUUCUCAAAACACUGUUCUCACUUUUGUAAAGUCAAAUAUUGGGUCACAAAUGUGUUUUUGACUGAAUUUCAUCAGUAUAAAUAUGUGGUAGUAUUCUUUUACAAUUCCCCUACAUCACCCUCUCAUUCAAAACGAAUUGAUCUGGUGAUCUGGUCAGACUCAUGAAGCAACGCUUGAUCCUACAUCUUAUGAAACUAUGAGUUCACAUGUAGUGUGUCUAUGUGAAAAUUCAUAACGUGCUUGUGCUAAACAUUUUAGAAAGGUUCGUCAACAUUUUCAAUGGUUUUCUUGUGCCAUAGUGAUAAAAAAUACUGCAUUCUCGAUUUUUUAUAUUUUCGAUUUUGCAUUAUAAAUGUUUUAGGAUUGAAGAGUUAGCCAUACAGUGAUAUAAGAUAUCUGCAAAUAUGUACUAAUCAGAUUAUUUAGUUUUUGCAUCCUUUUCCUGGACUCUCAGCUUUCAUUUCAGGCCAUUACUCUGCCAAUACAUGCUUUUAACUUCAGAAGGUCAUAUGCAAAGAUUAUUUUAUAUGUUAACUCACCCUUUAAUGGAAACACUGUAACACUUUGUGGAAUGUCUGACUUUUAGUAAUGGUCAUUAUGACAAAUCAUCAAAAAUAAACCGGGAGAUUGUUUAAAGGAAGUAAAAAGUGGAAA